AUGGUACCAAAAUUGAAAUGUUUUAUAUUUAAAGGUCACAUUUUCGAUGAUUUAGAAUUUAUGUAUUUAAAAUGGCUGCUUAAUAAUGUUAAUCAUGUUCGAAAACUUAAAAUUUAUUUAGAGAGUGGCGAAAUAUUUAGAACAGAUCAGUCCAUUUGGAAAUCUGUAAUAGAUGCAAAUUUUGUUCGUCAAUAUUGUUUACCUGAUGAAGUAGUGAAUUUAAUUGAUUUUGAUUUUUAUAUUUGUUCAAAACGUCAAUUAGCUGUAGGUGAUAUUGAACACAUAGUUACUUCAUUUAAAAUAAAUUCUUUUUUCAUUAAACAUCAAUAG